UAAUGACGUGCCCCUUGCUGAUAACACUCCGCUGUCAAAUGAAUGUGUUCGUUAUUUUCUCAGCAUUUUCCUUUCGGUUUUAGUGCCUUGAGAUACACUUGACAAGCUUAAAAACACGGUCACUGGGUAAAAUAAACGUUUUAGACGUCGUCUUUAGGCGAGAACGCGAACUAUUUCAGUUGUAUUUAAUAAGCGGAGAGCUUAUUCGGUGCUACUCUGUUAGCUAGCUAGCGGUUAGCAUUGCGCUACCUCAGCCGGUCGCUGACCGCUAGCCUGCUAUAUGGCUGCAGGUUUCAGCCGUAAAAUGUAGUUUUUAAAGCCGUAAACAGCUGGUUUUUUUUUUGUCGUCAACAUGUACGUGGUUACGUAAACCUUAAUUACAUGGUGUGUUAGAAAUUAGUUAGCCGGUUAGCUCGGACGGUAGCAGUUUAUAUCAGUGAUGUUCGGUUUGGAAACUGGAGGUUGUAUUAAAUGGCGGGUUGGAUGAGCGCGCGCCGACUGUGUAGCCGAGCGGCACUGAGCUCACGAGCGCCUCUGCAGGAAUCCGGCGCGCGCGUCAGGCACUUGGCAGCGUGUGCGGUCUUGCUGAGGAAACCCCAACAAUGGACGCCGUGCUGGAGCCAGAGAGCAACUUCAGCAGCACCAACGCGAAGCUUCAUCAGCUUCCCCAACAAGAGGAAGCAGUACUCAGAGCGACGCAUCAUGGGAUACUCGAUGCAGGAGAUGUACGACGUCGUAGCCAACGUGGACGAUUACAAACACUUUGUUCCGUGGUGUAAAAAGUCGCAGACGAUAAUGAAGAGAGCGGGACACGCUAAAGCGCAGCUGGAGGUGGGGUUUCCUCCGGUGGUGGAGAGGUACACGUCCAUGAUCACCAACGUCCGCCCGCAUCUCGUCAAAGCCGUGUGUUCGGACGGAAAACUUUUCAAUCACUUAGAGACGAUAUGGCGCUUCAGCCCGGGCAUUCCCGGAUAUCCCAGGACCUGCACGGUGGAUUUUUCUAUCUCGUUCGAGUUUCGCUCGGUCCUGCACUCCCAGCUCGCCACCGUGUUCUUCGACGAGGUCGUGAAGCAGAUGGUGGCGGCGUUCGAGAGCCGAGCCGGGAAACUCUACGGCCCCGAAACUCGCAUCCCCAGAGAACUCAUGUUCCAUGAAGUGCAUCAGACGUGAAACGGCCGCAGCGACCUUGCCAGACACACACACACACACACACACACACACAGACGAUUUUAUUUUUUAUUCCAUAGUCAUCGCCUUUCUAGGUCUUGACGUGGAACCAUUCUGUGUCUGAGAGCAAGAAGGUUUUAGCUGGAGGGUGGGGUCCUAAUUUUCUCGGGCAUUAUGAUUGGUUAAAACCGUCGUUUUCCUAAACAUGAAAUAAUUUAGGUGUUAAUUCUGAAGCAGCGAUAUUACGCUCCUCGUAGUACACUUGAGAACACCUGUUUUAAUGCUAAUGACAUUUUAGGUGCCAUCUUGGAUUAUUUAUUGCACCAGAUUAUUAUACUGUCGAAAGCUGUAAUUACUGUAAAGUGCAAUUUGUUGGAAGGAUGAAGAUUUUGUUCCACUUUAAGCGUGACUGUGAACGUGGGCGAUACGGCGACUGCAUCGUGCCACGAUACUCGUAGACGUUUUCGCACACAUCGCUGGAGUUGGUAUGGUGUAUCGUGAUGUUAUUUAUCACGAUACUGAUAGUCAUAUCAUCAUAUCGCCCAACCCUGGUCCACAUAACUUAAAAAAUCUGACCAUUAUAAUAAAUAAAUAUAAUAAUC